GUCCCUUCCAUCUCCGGCACACACACACACACACCCGCACGCACACACACACCCCAUUGAUCAAUAUUUGGCUGUCUUGCUGCAACUUGCUGCAGUCUUUUAAAGGAGUAGUAGAGAGAGAGGGAGAGAGAAAGGGAAACUGGCAGGAAGGGGUAAGGAGCUACACAUGUCACAUGUGCUUUCUAAGACGGCCAGGAGCAUCUGCAGGCUGGAUCUGGUGGAGGAUGCUGCGGCAGGUGAUACACAGAGGGCUCCAGUCGUUUUUCUACAAGCUGGGCUUAUUCGUGAGCAGGCAUCCGGUGUUUUUCCUCACUGUGCCCGCAGUCCUGACCAUCAUCUUCGGCUUCAGCCUGCUCAACCGCUUCCAGCCUGACACUGACCUGGAGAGCCUGGUAGCCCCCAGCCACAGCCUGGCCAAGAUCGAGAGGAGCUUAGCCAGCAGCCUUUUCUCUCUCGAUCAAUCCAAAAGCCAGCUGUAUUCGGACUUGCACACCCCGGGGAGGUAUGGCAGGGUGAUUCUCCUCUCCAAACCCGGAGGCAAUAUUUUGCAUCAGGCUGAUGUGAUCCUGCAGAUCCACCGAGCCGUGCUGGAAAUGAAGGUGAACUACAAAGGCUAUAAUUAUACUUUUUCCCAUCUGUGUGUGUUGAGAAAUCAGGAUAAGAAAUGCGUGCUGGAUGAUAUUAUUUCAGUGCUAGAGGAUCUGAGGCAGGCUGCCCUCUCCAAUAAGACAACAGCCAGGGUGCAAGUGAGCUAUCCCAACACUAAAUUAAAGGAUGGAAGGAGCAGUUUCAUUGGCCACCAGCUUGGAGGGGUAAUGGAAGUGCCAAACAGCAAGGACCAGAGAGUCAAAUCAGCCAGAGCCAUCCAAAUCACUUACUACCUCCAAACGUAUGGCUCUGUCACCCAGGACCUCAUUGGGGAGAAGUGGGAGAGCGAAUUCUGUAAACUGAUGCACAAGAUGCAGCUGGAUCACCAGGAUCUGCAGCUCUACUCACUAGCGUCCUUUAGCCUCUGGAAGGACUUCCACCAGACCAGUCUCUUGGCCAGGGGCAAGAUUUUGGUGAGCCUAAUGCUGAUUCUUCUGACUGCUACCCUCUCGAGCUCCAUGAAGGACUGCCUGCGUAGCAAACCUUUCCUGGGACUCCUGGGAGUGCUCACUAUCUGUAUUUCCAGUGUCACUGCGGCAGGGAUAUUUUUCAUUACUGAUGGAAAAUAUAAUUCUACUCUGUUGGGAAUCCCUUUCUUCGCUAUGGGUCACGGAACCAAAGGAGUGUUUGAACUUCUUUCAGGAUGGCGUCGGACCAGGGAGAAUCUGCCAUUCAAGGACCGAGUAGCAGACGCCUACUCAGAUGUCAUGGUCUCCUACACCAUGACCAGCUCCUUGUAUUUCAUUGCCUUCGGCAUGGGCGCAAGCCCCUUCACCAACAUCGAAGCUGUGAAAGUCUUCUGCCAGAACAUGUGUGUCUCCAUCCUGUUGAACUACUUCUACAUCUUCUCUUUCUUUGGCUCCUGCCUGGUCUUUGCUGGCCAGCUGGAGCAGAACCGGUACCACAGCAUCUUCUGCUGUAAAAUCCCCUCGGCAGAAUACCUGGACCGGAAACCUGUGUGGUUCCAGACCAUGAUGAACGACGGCCAUCAGCACACUUCCCACCACGAGACCAACCCGUACCAGCACCACUUUAUCCAGCAUUUCCUCCGAGAGCACUACAAUGAGUGGAUUACCAACAUCUAUGUCAAGCCAUUUGUGGUGAUACUGUAUCUCAUCUAUGCCUCUUUCUCCUUUAUGGGGUGCUUACAGAUUAAUGACGGAGCCAACAUCAUCAACCUUCUUGCCAGUGAGUCCCCAAGCGUCUCCUAUGCCCUGAUACAGCAGAAGUAUUUCAGCAACUACAGCCCCGUGAUAGGCUUCUACAUCUAUGAACCUCUGGAGUACUGGAAUGGUACUGUGCAAGAAGACCUAAAAACACUCAGCCAGGGGUUCAACACCGUGUCCUGGAUUGAACAGUACUACCAAUACCUUCGAGUGGGUAACAUCAGUGCAACCAACAAAAGUGACUUUAUCAGCAUCCUCCAGAGCUCCUUUUUAAAAAAGCCAGAAUUCCAGCACUUCAAAAAUGACAUCAUUUUCUCCAAAGCUGGAGAUGAGAACAACAUAAUUGCUUCUCGUCUGUACCUUGUGGCCAGGACUAGUGAAAACACACAGAGGGAAGCAGUGGAACUGCUGGAGAAGCUGAGGCCACUUUCUCUUAUACAGAGCAUCAAGUUCAUUGUGUUCAACCCUACUUUUGUUUUCAUGGACCACUAUGGUUUAUCAGUGACUAUGCCUGUCCUCAUUUCUGGUUUUGGCAUCCUGCUGGUGUUAAUACUGACCUUUUUCCUGGUUAUCCACCCUCUGGGAAAUUUCUGGUUAAUUCUCAGUGUCACCUCAAUAGAGCUGGGUGUCCUUGGCUUGAUGACCUUAUGGAAUGUAGACAUGGAUUGCAUUUCUAUACUGUGCCUUAUCUACACUUUGAAUUUUGCCAUAGAUCACUGUGCACCCCUGCUUUAUACAUUUGUAUUAGCUACUGAGCACACCCGAACUCAGUGUAUAAAGAACUCCCUCCAAGAGCAUGGGACAGCCAUUUUGCAGAACGUUUCUUCCUUUCUUAUCGGGUUGGUCCCCCUUCUCUUUGUGCCUUCAAACUUGACCUUCACACUGUUCAAAUGCUUGCUGCUUGCCGGCAGUUGCACACUUCUGCACUGUUUUGUUAUUUUGCCCGUCUUUCUAACCUUUUUCCCACCUUCCAAAAAGCACCACAAGAAAAAGAAACGGGCCAAAAGGAAGGAACGAGAAGAGAUCGAAUGCAUAGAGAUUCAGGAGAAUCCUGAUCAUGUUACAGCAGUCUGAAAGGCUUAGAAAAAUAUAAUAGUAUAUUCUCUUUUUAGAAAAGCGUUGCACAGAGAUGCAGGGAAAAUAGAGCAAAGAUCUCAGCUGCUUGUGCUGGCCAGGUCUGACAAGGCAAAGGAAGAUCAAGAAGGGGUAUUCAUGACACCUCAAGGUGCAAACUUUUUUUUAACAAAAAUAAUGAAAGUGAAUUAAUCUCAAAUGUUUCCUUUGAAUCCUCAUUCUCCACCAGGGAAGAGUCUGUUGGCCAUUAAGUGUUCCUGAGUCUCAAACUGUAGCUCUAAUGGGAAUUGCUUAAUAUGUCAUAUGUAGGACUAAAGCUAAGGUGAAAAAAAGAGUUACCAUUAAGUAAACUCCAGGGAAAAAGGCAGAUCUGUUUGAAAAAAUUGUCCAUGGAAGAGAAUUAAACAAUAUUUCAAUUAAGAAAAGGUUACAAGACCAAGAGAGAUUGAAAAUGCCAUGGUAAUUUUUUAUUUUCUUGAACAAGCUAGUUAAGAUGAAACCUAUGCACUUGGGAAGUAAAUGUUUAAAACUUUCUAAGCCAAAGUACUUCCCAAAUCCAGUAUACCUUGCAUAUCUGUAACACCACAAUUAGAGCAUUAUUGCAAAUAUGGAUGGCAAAGGGAUAGAAGUACUAUUUAUACAGGAGAAGAAACAAUCAUAGCCAUUUGGAAAUCUAACACAUAGUUCCUUUAAAUGUGACAUAUCACUGUUAUCCCAAGAGGUCACAGCUGGUAGUUAAUACCACACACCUAUUUUGGUAAUUAUGAAUCUCCCCUUGAAUUAACAGAUCUCACAAAACUAACCUAGGCCAUCGUCACUGCAGCACUGUUUGCAGUUCCUGCAGUGUAACACUUCUGAAUCCUAAUUUAUCGGUGUUGACAUUAAAUACUGAAUAUUAAUCAAGCAGGAGCUUUAAACGUAAUGAUGGAUUGCAUUUCACAGGCACAAUGUGACCAUGUAGCAGCUGAGUCAGCUCUGGAGCACCUGCACAGUCUUAGCAUCAUAUAUUUGGUCCAAGGGAUGAAGGGAUAUGUUUGCUGGUCCCUGGAAUAUGCUGCAGGAAGUGGGAUUUUCCCCUUCUUUAAGCAAAACAUUAUACAAAAAACUUGCCACACUAAAAAAAAACACCUAGUAAAUGUUUGCAUGGGGCCGGAUCAACCCCUAGUUGUAAGGAGAUAGAUUGGUCCCCUGUGGGAAGGGGAGGGGAGGGUGAAAUGUCUUUUUUUACUGUUAUUAUUAUUCCUAAAUAUUUGAGUGUUGAUCAUCUGCGACAUAAAGCUUUGUUAUGGCAGUUAAAAUUUCAUAGGAGAGUGCAGUAAAUCCUCAGUUACUAUGUGGAACUAGAAAUUGUACUGUAAAGGACUAUGAAUGACUUUCUCUGCUUUGUAAACUAUUCAGCUUAGUAGCCCAAGGGAAGGGAUGAAAACAGAUCUAGCCAUUUCAGUUUGCUCUCAGCCCAGUUCUGCACUGGAGCUUGCCAUGUCAAUCUCUCCUUUCAGUAUUUUAAAAGGGCUUGCUUUCUACUUUCUGGAAUAUGGUAUAGCAUCACCUCCAUGAGCAAUGUCUUCCUGAACCUAUAGUAUCCAUGAGGACACUAUGUAAAGAUAUCACUAUAUGAAGUGUCUAUGUCUGCUUUGUAUUACUUGUGGGUACCUUUAAAAGAUAAUCUGGAAGCUGUUUGCCUUCCAAAAUGUGUAUACAUGUCUAUUUGUGGCUGAUAGCUCAGUCUCAAACCUGCAGAGUUUGCUGACGAGGAAGUGUACAUAUGUCUUACUAAAAAGCUCUCUGCAAGAUGUUAAUUCUUUGCUGUGUGACAUGUCUCACCUCUUCCUACUGUUUUAUGGUUAGGAAGAGACAGAAAAAAAUCACCUGCAGUACAAAAAACAAAAAGCCAUUUGAAUGCCAGUUCUAAUGUUCAUGAGCUGCUUCUGCUUCCAAUGAAUGCAAUUUCACCUCUUCUCUAUAUUUUAUGUACUUUGCCAUUAUCAUUUGCCAAAAAUGACCUCUGCGUUUUAGGAGUGGUCAAAGCUCUUGAUUGUUGAAGGAAACUUUUGAGUGCAACAUGUCUUAGAGAGGGAGAAACUUUCUAGACAGGCAAAGCUUCCAAAGUUUGAGUCUAGAUCAAAAUUUCAGGGUAGCUAGAUCAAGGUUACUGGUUUGACCCAAAAUAUACAAGGGCCAGACACAGAACUGAGAUCUAAAUAGUUCAGUAAGGUUUAGAAGUGGGGGAUGUUUUAGUGUUGGGUUAUGGGUCAGAUGUGUCUCUAGUUGGGAAGUUUUUACUGACCUUGAUUGCAUCUUGAUGACAUUGUACAAUAUCCAUCCUAUUUUGAACAGUCCAUUGCGAAUGUCAAGCUUCCCAAUCUUUUUAGAUUUCCUCUGCUGUCCACACAUAACCUGGAUUGUUGUAGCACUGUGAUUCUUGGUUAUCACUUCUGGAGGUGUCACCUGGGAAGUUCCUGGUCUUCUCUUGCACUGCCCAGAUGUAUCCCAGGGGGAUAUCUGUCAUGCAUUGCAUUGAGGGAAAUAGCACUUUCCAAAGCCAUCAAAACCAGGAUUCAUCUCAUCUAAUUUCAGAUAUUAGCAAUGUAGAUAUUUAUAUCUGAACUUCCUUUAUGGCCAUGAGACAGUGACAGACACUUCUGAUCCAUUUUACAGGUAUACAUUAGAAGUAAAUGAAUCACAUUUUUUAAAAUGCAAAUUUCUGUCCACCAGUGAUCAAGGAAGCUCAGCAAUUGGUUCUAACACCGACAUCAGCAAUGCAGACUCAUCCAGGCUUGGGAAGAUUAAACCCACAUAAAAUAGCAAAAUAUCAAGGGAAAGGAUUAUAAACAUGCCUCCCAAGCUUCAAUUUUAGGGAUAAAUUCCAGGAAUAACUCAGCCCAAAUUUUAUGUUUUGCUUAUGAAGUUUUAUGCACAACAACUGAUUUAAAAAAUUGGAAUUCCCAUAGCAGAGUAUAGUAAGAAAGACACCAGAAAAUGUCAAUAUUAAAGAUGGGCUCACACAAAUGAGCAAGAAUUUGAUGAGGUGUCAAACCAACUCCUCUCACUGUCAUGCAUGUGCAGUAGCACUUGUAUAACAGGUACCAAAUAUACAAAUCACACACUGGGACUAGAAGGUUUUUAUUUCUGUUGAUGCAGGAGUGAAGCAGAAAACAAACCACAUCUUUCAUGGACGUAAUUUUGUUAUUUUUUCAACCAAUUUCCACAUCCACAAAAAAAGGACCAGUGGAGUCUUUACUUCUGCAAAUGCAUAUGUUUCUGUGGAACAAGGAAAACUGGAAUAAUUUUGGGAUGCAGAGUCCAUAUUUUUAAAUUCUUUCUACUUGUUUUUUGUUUAUUUUUCUCGAAAUUUUUUUUCAGUACAUUAUACCUUUUUCUACAGCACGUUUUUAGCUUAACUGGAGCUGCAUAAGAACCUGUGAAGAAAGCACAUAGCUCAUGCCAAGAAAUUUGACACUCUGAUAACAUGCUGCCUACUGAAUCUUCAUUACACACCUUUUUCCCCAGUUACCAUAAAUCCCCUGCAAUACUGUGCAUAUUCCUUUAAUGUCUGAUUUUAUAUAUGGUCUAGAUAAUCUUCCAGGAACCCUGUGUGCAUCUCCUGCUUGAUUUGGUUUCAUUCCCUCAAAGUAUAUUGCUUUGAAUUCAUUGUUGAGAUAACUCUGUUGAAGUCCACAGAUUUAUUGACAUGAUAUAUUUGACUUUGCAUGUCUUCUAUCUGGUAAGAAAUGAUACCAUGACAAAUGGUAUCUUACAUUGUUGGUGUGCUUGCUGAAGAAUAUAUCUGUCUAUAUCCUAUAGCCAUAGUUGCAUGCUGCACGUGGGGUGCUGCAGUGAAAAUCUAUUUCUUUACACUUUGCUCUGUGGGCUAUUUUAACCUAUAAAUCUAAUAUUCUGUCUUUUUUUUUUUUUUUUAAUUAGAGUUAAGUCUUCACCUCUGUAGUCCAGUACUUGAUGUAGGUUUAAAUUAGAUUUUAUGAAGAAAUUUGUAACUGUGAGGGUGGGGAGGCCCUGGCACAGGUUGCCCAGAGAAGCUGUGGCUGCCCUAUCCCUGGUUGUGUCCCAGGCUAAGUUGGACAAGGCUUGGAGCAGUGCAAAGUGUGCUGCAGGUGGUUGGAACUAGAUGGUCUUUAAGGUCCCUUCCGACUUAAACCAUUCUAUGUUUCAUAAAUUUAAAGCACUCUUUAAGACCAAGGUGGAUAUGGAUGCAUGACACCCUGCAUGCAUAAUUUAAAGCUCUUCAGGGUUAUCACUGUCAACUUUUUACUUCAAACAAUUCCUAUUUAGAAUGUAACCUGCCACAUGUUAAUGCCUAUUCAAGUUCCUUGAACAACUCUAGUUUUGAAAUUUUCUCUGAUGGGAAGGAAAAGAACCAGGGGGGAAGGAAGAAUAUUCAGUUAAGUGGUUGUGUAAUCAGCAUUCUUUUUUUCCCCAAAGGCUUUCACUGCUCUACUCCUAAUUAAGUCACACUGAGUAGCAACUCUAGCAUAAUUAAGAUUUAUUUCAACGUAGGUAUUCCAUAUUUCACUAUGACAAGAGCUUGGCUUAUUGUCUUUAUGCAAGUACCAUGCUAAGUCUCUGAUUAAUUUUUCAGUAAUUAUAAACUUUAAUAAGUUAUUUUUCAUUGCAACACUAGGUUUUUGAGUACUUCAAGCUCCCAUUUGAUCUCCUAGGAAACACUGUAAGGAAGCAAAGUUAGGCAGUCAGUGAGCAAGAGACGUGCUGUAGUGUUGGGGAAAUUGGAUUCUUCACAAAGAGGCAGCGUCUCCUCCAACAAGCUUUAAACAAACAGUGAUACUCAGGAUAUCUGAGAAAAUUAAGUUGAAGUGGAAACCAAAUGAAACAUUGUUUGGAGUGUAACCAAAUUAUUAUAGACAGAUAAAGCUUUGAUUCUUCUUUCAUAACUUCUUACACAGGCAAAAGGCAUUUGAACAUGAAAGGAAACUGGAUAUGGAAAGCACCUCAUCCAUCACCUAAAAUGAUUCUUUUCACCGUAAUCUUGCAUAAACAAUGUCACACACCAGGUUAGUACCGGUUGUUCCACCUCAGCAUAGGCCUCCCCAUGGCUUGUUUUCCAUGGAAACAAGGGAAAGGAUUCCAUGUUUGUUUUCACAAACCCUUGGGGAGGAGAUUGAGAACGGCUUCCUUGCCUGACAGAGCUGUGUGUGGGUGAGAGCUGAAAGAUGCAAGUACAGGUUAUUUCAUGCUCCACUUGCUCCCUCUCUGCCUCCUCAAGAGCAGCAAUACCAUCAUCCCCUGGUACCAAUCCCAUGCUGAGUGCAGGGAUUCAUAACUUCCCCAGGAGUAACUUGGAAUUUGUGACCCCAGCAGCUCACAGGCCGACACAAGCUGAUACUCCUCUGACCAAGAAGACUUUAAGGGCUUUGUUUAGAUAUGUUCUUUGAGAAAUUCCCACUUGUCACUACAGACCCCCACAAAACACCUCACCUACCCGACACUGGAGUGGUGUAAAUCCUCCCUCUGAUAUGGCAGUCAAGUAAAAGAAUUUUCUGGAAACUUUUCUUUUUAAUCCUAGAGGGUUUUCCCAAAUGCAAUUUUUUUUUUUUUUUCUUUGUUUUUUCCUCAACCAUUCCUUCAUCUCUUCCUACCUCCUUCAUGGUUUAAAAGCAAAGGAUCCAAUGCAAAACUUGUACGCUCAACCUAGCCAUAACCACACAAAACAUCAUUAUCCACAAAUUUGUGGUGGGUUAUGGAUGUUCAGGCCAAACACAAGGAUCUGGCUUUCUUGCCCACACUGGCAGUCGAAACCCUGCUGAAAGCAAGUAAAUGUGAAGCAGUUCAUCUUUCCUAGCUCUGUUUCCUCUCUGACAUACCAGUGUGUCCACAAAACUAUUCUCAUUUUUUCCCUGCUUCCUCAUUAAAACAGAGUUUCUUUUUCCUGCUCCCUGAAGCUAUCUUCUUUUUGCAGCUCAACUUAUUUCACACUUUAUUCUUCUCUGGGUGCUCUCAACCUCUUCAAAAUUUCCUAUUUAUUUUUGAAAAUUCUGAGAGCAUAACUGUUGAAAUAAAUAGAAGAUGUUUCUAUGCUUCAAAGUGCAGCCUGUGGUACAGACCUAACUAAUUUAUAACCAAGCCCAAAUAGCAAAAUACUUUCUUCAGACAGAAAAGUGUCUCUAAGAAAACUCGGGAAAAAAUUAAGCCUAAAUUUCCAUUUUUAUGAGGUUUUUAUCUCAUAAACUUCUACUUUUAAAUCCUUUACUGCGGGCAUUUUUUUUUAGUACACUUUUAUCAUAGAAAUGCCUAGUUUUUCUCUGCUUCUCUGUCUCAGCAAGAAAAAUAAGUGGACAUUUCUUCACGACCUCUAAAAGAAAUUAUUGUUCCUGCAUGGAACAAUUUUUUCAUCAAAUUUCUGUCCAGAGCACAUUUUCCAGCACAUUAAUUGUACAAACCACUGGGAAAAAGUAUUCUAGUGGAAAUGCUGAUACAGCCUUAACUACAGAAAAAUGAUUGGUACUUCACAAUAGUGUCCUGCUUAAUUCCAAGCCCUCUGCAUCAGCCUGCUGGAUUCUCCAGGCAGUUUUCCUUACAUGGUGUGGUAAUCAUCUCCAUCACCAUGUGGGCAAUAUCAGCACAUGAGAGUCUACACUGCUUACACAGCAAAAUCAUGAACAGAUAAGCCCAGCUUUUGCUAGAGAAGGGAAAUAUCCCAGGGUAAGGCAGAGUGGCAGCCCUCUACUCUGAGGGCUGCUUCUCAGUUUCCCAUCUGUGAGUUGGAUUUUGCACUGAGCUGCUCUGUAAAGGACAAGAAGCAUCACUUUUCUUUCCAUAAGCCAUUUGAGAAUAGGACGUGAAAUACUUUAGAUUUAGUCAUGGAUAGACAUUUUUUACAUGGGAAUUUGAAAAGGGAUGUCAAUCAAAUAGAGUAAAAGUCUCCAUGAGUAGAGAAAUCUGAGUCUACAAAUUCUUGCAAUUCUGACUUGAUACUUCUCUGAUCUUAUUUCCUUUCACCAAUAAGGACUGAACUUUUUUCCCACUUACCACAUUGAAGAUAAUCCCUGACCUACAAAAACAUCCUGUUUGCCAGAAGCAGACAUUCUCUUGGAGGAAAUCCUAUUGGUUUCAGCUCCAUGUCAAGGGAGAUUUUGCAGGAUUGGGACAGCAGUGGUUUGUAUGUACAUCCCCAGGCAUAAGCCCUUAUUCCCAACAUGCAGACCCAAAUACUAAAUAUGUAGGAUUAGUAGGAUGUGUGAUUUUGCCUCCACAGAAAAAGAAGGGGUCAUUGCAAAAUCCAGUUCUGAAUUCACCAUAGGUGGAAAAGCAAACAGUGGUCAAGGAGUCAGCCUUGCUGUUUCUGUACCUGUGCAAGAAUUUCAGAGAAGACUCAUCCAGCUCUGAAAGCUUAAACAGGGACAGCGUCAUGCCCUGAACAAGAAUUUGUUCUUUAUUCACUACCUCAGAGAGCCACACAGCUCCUGAACAGCAUCAUGGAGCCUGUCCUAAGUCCUAGGUAUGUUAAAGUUGAAGCACAGAACUUAGGGUGCAACUUCUUUACACCAGGUACUGGAAUUCAAUCUUCAAAGCCAUUAAAUAUCUAGAGAAGUCCCUGGCACAGCUUUGCUCCAGAAAACCAGCUCUGUCCCCAGCAACCCUGGCACAAUCUGGGCACUGGCAUGGCCCAGGGACAAUUCCCACCAAACAAUUUAGCAGCAGUCACCCCAUCUUUAGACUACAGGACUGUUUCACAGUAUGGACACCAAUAAACCACAUCAGCCUCCUUCAGGGCUGCAGAGCAAUCCUGGUAUUGCUUGAUUUAUUCUCAAAGUUAUAACUUUAGACAGCAAUGCAGCCUAUGUUCAUAGUGGUAUUUUACAUCUGAAAAUCUUUAUCUGGCAAAGUACUCAAGUAAAUGAUUUAGUUUAAUCAAAUUCUAGUCUCAUGGACUGGGACAUCUUUAAAUUUAAGCAUGUGUUUAAAUACUGAGCUAAAUAAGGAUGCACUUAUCUCUGUGCUCCAAGUUAAAUAGGAGCUUUGCAGAAAGAGGCCGUAAAAGAAAAGGCCUUUUUUCCCAUAACAUACUAAAUUCUACAAUUAUAGUAGCAAUUUCACAAUAUGUAGAAAAACUGUGCCAAGCACAUAUAUUUUUCAGGGUUUCAAUUUCCCUGAUGUAAGACAUCUCAGGGACAUUUUAGUGAUUUGUUACAGUCAUACAACAUUCAAGCAAGAACAAAGCCUCGCUGAGCACUUUUUCUGGAAAAAAAAUAGCAAGAUAUUUGACUCAGAAUGAGAAUACAGUAUCUUGUGAUGUUAAAGCUCAUUUCUAAAAGAAAAAAUGAAACUUUUCAUUUAAUUUAAUUCAUUAUUUCUUUCAAGUGACUCACUUAGAGAAGUGCUGGAUAUGCCUUUAUUAUGAAUAAGACAGGAAUUGCUCAAUGAAGUUCAAUUCAGCUUUGCCAAUAAAACUAUAAUAAAACCCCCAUUAAGAAAAUUUAAAAUAGUAAAAAAGGCUUUGUGCCUAGUGUAAAAUUUGUCAUCGCAUCAUCUAUUGCUUUUUAAUUAAAUUAAAUAUGAAUGGUGACAUAAAUAGGACAGAAGUGGAGAAUCACAUGUCCUGGGGCUGCAGCUGGUAAGGAACACUUACAUACAUUGAAAAGAGAAAUCAAGUCCCCACUUGUGCAAAAACAAAUGCAACUGCCAAGCCAUAAAAAAAUGGUGAAUAAUCCCAUUGGCUUCAGUGGAGCCAUCAGGAUGCAUAUGAAGAUAUGCAUGUAAGUCCUUCUCAGUCUGAGGACUGGGGAAAACUGAUAUUCUAAUCUGAAAAGGAAACAGAACUUCUUAAGCCAGACAUUUCCUCAAAACCCUUAGAAAGGUUCAGUGUAACUAAUCUCUGUCUCUUCCAAGAGCAAACCUCUUUGUAAACAUACACUCAGUAGGUACACAGGCUCAUAAGCAUUUAAGAGUGUAAUGAAAACCCUGGAGUAACUCCUCCCCUGGGAUGCCUGGAGGCAAUACUUUGUGGAAACAUGUGACCAGAUGGAAAGGAACAUGCAAAAAUCUGAUAUUAGAGAUGUCCCCUCCCAGGCUACAGUCAAAGGAGGGAAACAUGCACUGCAAUUCCUCGAGCUCAGAUGGAUCCUUUAGGAUGAGGGUCCUUGCAGGAGUCUGGCAGCAGCUGCCAGAGCUGGGGAAUAGUCUGGGAUAAGCAGUUCAUAAACCUGAGGGCACGUGCAUAAAAUGGGGUCAGGCUGAUGCCUCUGAGGCAUCUCUGUUCAUUGUAACUGCAAUGAAAAUGCUGAGAAGCAGCUCUGGGGUGAUGGGCAGUAACCAGUUUGCCUGUUCUCUUUGGUUGGUGGGGGUUAGGGUGGGCCAUUAGGGCUCCAUGAGGGCAGCUCAGUGACUGGAGCAGCACAAACAAGGCAGCUGUGAGCAGCCAAGAGUUACUAAAACAGGGGCUGAAUUAAGCAGGUUCUGUAAGGAAAAUCAAGGUCAUUUUCCAUUAUUUAUUUCCAUUUCCAUUUGCCCCUUCUUUCAACACAAUGCUUGUUCUUUCUUUUUUUCUUUUUUCUUUUUUUUUUUUUUAGCCCAUAAUGGUCAGAUUUUCUACCUCCCUUUAAGAUGCAGAAUUUGCUUAACACUUUUUUUUUAUAAGAAUGUAGAUUAGAUGUUUAAUUACUGGGAUUUCUCAGGUGUAGGCACUUUACUAUGCUACAGAUAAAUAGCAUAAGUCAAUAUUGAUUUUCCUCCCUUGUAAAGCUCCCUUGUUGCCGAAAACUGCUAACAUUUUUCAAGAUUCAACCAUGACCACAUUUGUAUAACAGCCUUCUACUGAGCUUGAAAUUCUAUACCAAAUACUUAUGUCUUUUAAAGACUGAAAUCUUCAAUAAAAUAUGUUACUCGUAAAUAUUAGAAUUUCCCCUUUCUUCAAUAGAAAGAUAUUCAGUAUUAACCCAUAUUACAGUUCCAUUUUGUCAGGCGCCUGUUGCCUUACAUUUAGAUUUAGAGGGAAUGAACAGGGCUUUUUUAAGAGCAAAUGUGGAGCUCAGAUGUUGGACAGCAGCAGGAACUGGCACCUCCAUCCUCACAAGAGGUACAGGGCAUUUCAGGACUUGGGAAGAGUGGGUCAGAGCCAGGGAAUUGGCAGCCCUGAGCUGGCAUAUGGUCCCUCACUGAUUAUCUGCAGAUAGGCAAUUUACAGGUGCCCUGAAGCUGUGUGAAAUGCAACCAAAUGUUUCAAUUUCCCAGACAGAGCUGGUUACACAAUGGCCUCCACAGAACACAAGCCAGUUCCAUUCCUCACCAAACACUCCUGCCAGUGGAUCCUUUCUCUCCAAGUUUCCUCCUGCUUUCUCAUUCAGCCUUCUCCCCUCUCCUCACAGCCCCAGCAGCUCUCAGCUCCUCUUCCCACACUGGUAGAGUUGGAAUUUCAAGCCCUUCCAGUGCAAAGGCAUGGGGCAAUUCUUCCCAGGAUUUCCUGACCAUCUUUGGGAAGACCAAGGAGAUCUGCCCACAUUGCACCCAGGGCUGCUUCAUGGCUCAGAGAUCUGUCCCUACCUCUGCUACCUCUUCUCUUGCUCUCAAUGGUGCAGGUACCAGCACAAGCAUCCCUCAGACCUUGCAGUUUACAGCGAGCUCCUAAGGACAUAUUAAAUCAUUCACACAUUCACUCACAUUCCUCCAUCCAGUGCAAAUGGGAAUAUUUGUGCUUUUCCUUCAAGUCUCUGUCUGCAUCCUGAAGUCCUGGCCUGUGGCACCCUGUCUAGGGGGAACGUACUGGACUAAGAUUAUGUGCCUGGUUUCCUUUCAAAUGAAAACAGGCAGAAAACACAACAGAGCAAUUUUCACCUGAAUGUGAGGAAGAACUUAUUAGCUGUAAGGGUGAUAGGGCACUGGAACAGAUUGCCAAGAGAGGUUUUGGAAUCUCUGUGUCUGGAGAUACUCCAAAGUCACCUGAACAGGAUCCUGAGUGAUAUGCUUUAAGGGACCCUGAUUGAGGGAGGUUGGACUAGAUGUUCUGCAGUUGUCCUUUCCAACCUGAACCAUUUUUGUUUCAUUUAACUAGGUGCGUAAAAAGUAGAAAAUCUCUAUUCUUCUUCUAAUAAAUUGAUUUCAAGGGGGAAAAGAAUUUUCCUCUAUUACAUCGUAGCUACUAACACAGCUUUAUUUGGGAGAAGGUGUUGGCACCUGCCAAGGUGAAUGAAGCAGAGAGCCAGUGAUGCCUCAGGGCCAGGUUGGAUGAGGCUUGAAGAAACCUGGUCUAGUGAAAGGUGUCCCUGCCCAUGGCAGGGAGGGUGCAACUAAGUGAUUUUUAAGGUCUCUCCCACCCAAACUAUUCCAUGAUUUGAUAAUUCCAUUUCUUGUUGCCUGAACUAGGUCCUGCUCUUUCUGCUUGGGUUUAUUCUGUGCUAGUUUCAUUUUCAUGAGGGUGGAUGCAGAUUUGACCCAAAGUUACAGAAUUACCCUAGAGAAAAAAAAAAGGGGGGGGUUCACUGUAUUCCAAGGAAUAGUUCAAAAAACUCCCUCAAUUGUUAUGAAUAAGAAAAGGUAGCCUAGAACUGUGACAUGAAUUUCUCCUCUUCAUUGCCAAGGACAUAGAAAAUAUUGACCAAGUUUUCUGUGCAUGUUGCAAAUAGAACAAUUAGAAACUCAUUUCAACCAGCAAGGUCCUAAACCUGCUGAUCUCCUAGAAACAGAAUAAUCUGUGUCUGGCUAUAAGAGAGAGAUCCCCAAGGGUUGAGACUGCAUGCAGGUUUGGUAGUAGCCAUAAUAUGAUGAGAGCUUUGGCAAAUAUAUUUGCUAUUAAAAUUAGGGGUGGGGGGGAAACUUUAAUAUGAGUUUUGCAAACAAAUUUCUCUUCCCUCCCCCAGCCUGGGUUUGGUCUGGGAAAUUACAACAAUAAAGUAAAAUUCAUGAUAACAAAUCUGUCUUUCAGAGGCAGGUCAGACCUGCUGGCUGCAGCAUCUCUUGUUUGUAGCUGGCCACUAUAAAGAAGCAGCAAUUUCUGUUCUGGCGUAUAAAGUAACAGCUGAAAAUACUGGGGUUUUGCUAUUUUAGCUUAUAUUGGUACUUAUGCUGCCCUCCAGUGAUAAAGACAGUUGUUCCAGCCUGUAUUCUAGACUUCUGUAGCAUUUUAUUUCUGGUUUGCUGAAUUUGCACUGAAAACUGCAGUUCUCAUUCCAGAAUUUUAGCAAGUUCUUGUAUAAAAGUAAUAACAAUAGUUCUGGCUAAUUUUAUUUGUAGUAUUUUUAAAACUUAAAAAAAAAAAUUAGAUCAAUUUAGUGUGAGAAAUAAAAUAGGUAGCAUGGAUUUAAAUAUUGAAAAACCACACAAAUACAUAACUUUGGACCUACUAAAGUCUCACAGUUACUAAGAGUUUCAAUUAAGGAAUUUUUAUACAGAUUGACAUUUUAGUUUUAGUUCUGCCAAAAAAAAAACCAAUCCAUGUUCAUUCCUGUUAUGCAAACAGCUCCCUUGUACUUUCAUUACUGAAUUUUGGUGGUGUUUUGAUGGAUGGAUCUUAGAUUUGUUCUGAGUUCCUGGUUCUCUCCCAUGCUCCUCUGAAAUCCAUGAAUAGUGUGAAAGUCAGGUGGCACCUUCCUGGCAGCACACAGACAGACAAAGGAUCGGUAGCAUUGAAGUUUCUAUGAGCUCAUGGUGCAACAAAAGAGAUUUAUAUGUUCCUCUGCUCAAAGGAUUGGCACAGCUUCUCACAGCAAAUUGAGUGUUCCAGAGGCAUUACUGGUGCUGUAAGAACCCAUCACCUGCCAAGAACUGACCUGUAUUUUGGCUGAUUGCAGUAUCUGUAGAAAUAUGAGAAAGUGGAAAAGUUUGGGCAUAUUUUACUCUGCUGUUUCAUUCAUGACCACUUUUGGUUUUCAAGCUGCAAUUUACAUUUCACUUGAGAAUGAUGCAGCGGUGCAGGUUGCUUUUUCUCUGUUUCUCCUUCACUUAGUGCUUUUUCUAGCAUGUAUCUCAGAUAUAUGGCUGCAGCUCGCACAGACAUUUCUGAGUUUUAGAGUAUGGCACACAAACAAAAUAUUUAUGAGAAGCUGAGUAAGUGCCUGAGUGAAUGGCUUGUGCAGAAACCCCUGCUGCUCUCAUUAACAGUGGUAACUUUUCUAUUACUCUUAAAACUAAAUGAACCUUUGGCUCCCACACCCAGUGCAGCACCAUGGGUUUGUGCAGUGAUCAGCAGGACAGGUCAGAACAGAAUUCUGUUCAGGACCUGAAAGGGUUUGCAUGAUCUUCCCUUGACAAUUGAGAGUUUAACCACCACUGACAGUUUAAAGACCAUUCACUUCUCCAAUAAGAAGCAGCCACAGAAUUUUUUAGGUGUAGGGUCAGCCCAGGCUGAGUCAUUUCUCAGUUACAAUGAGCAGAGACCCACUGUGAGGUGAUGUGUCCACAAGAUUCCUAUAUAGGAAGAAAUGGUUUCUUGCUUUUUACUAGUCUGGGGUAGUAAUUUUACCAAUCCUUCUAGUGUAGACUUCCCCAAAAUAGUAUUGAGCAACAGCUUGAACUGGUGUGUGUAGCUUCACAGUGUGAAACUGAAAGAGUUAAUAACCAAAAGGGUUUGCAGGGUAUCCUCAGGGCUUGCUGCAUGUAGGUCUGGUUUUCAGCAGCCAGCUCAGGAAGCAAUUUUGUGUAAACAGAUGAUGUGCCUGAAGGUAUCACUGAAGAACAGGCCCAGGGAUGGAAAAAUACAAGACCUCAUACCACACCAGAAGUUUUUCAUUUUUUACACAAUUGGAGCUGCCCUCUUAAUUAUCUCAAUCUGGGCCAGGUUAAUUGGAGCCUUCCCUGACGUGAGUCAGUCUCACACAUUUUCUGCAUCUUUGCUAAUUAAGACAAUUUUCACCUUUUAUAGUUGCUUUAGUAUUCAGAGCAGUUUGCCAUGGGCUAAUUAUAAUUAUUGAGUGAUGGCUUUAAAAUUUCAUGUUUGUGAUGACAUUUUAUCACAUUAAAUUGGAAUCCCAUAAUCCUUCUUGCUAUGAUAGACAAGAAGGUCAUCUCUAUUCUGGAAGUUAUCCAGUGUGUGAUACUGUGCUGACUUUGGCCAUUUUCGUUCAGAACCACUGAAAUUCCUUCUACUCUUCAACUGCAUUCCAAAGGAAUACAAAAAUACUGAGUUCAGGAUCCAGGGCACUAUCCUUUUGCUUUCAUCCUAUAGAUGCCCUUGCUCUGUGUGAUUUGGGAGAACUGGAUGUGCAAGAACUGAGGCGCAGGAAGGAAGAAGCCAAGGCAACACAUUCCUCUCAUCAUUGCUCCUCAGUGUGCAAAUCCAUGGCAUUUUAAGAGCAUAAUCACUGAUGCAGAGUGCAAAGUCUUCCCUUGAGAUUUUUAAGGUUCCCCUGAACUGGAGGAGCAAGAAGAAGAGCUCAGUCUCAUCACACAGUCAUUGUUGCUUGUAGGCAGUGCUGUAUCACUGCCCACAGCAGCUUUUCCCCACCACUUUGUGAAGGUAAAGGCUCCUGGAGAUGUUCUCAGGGGCUUUCCAGAACCAACACUUCCCUGGAGUCACUCUGAACAGUUCAAGGCUUGACAGCAAAGUCCCAAAACAUCCUCUUUGCUUCAUGGCCAUAGGUGUGCUCCUUAUCCCUCUAGUUGCAGUCCCUUAGCUUUUGGUUCAAGUUUGAAAAUAUUGUAAAUAGAAAAAUCAGGGCAUAAAGUAGAAGAAACUUCAGUGAUUGACAUAAGCAUAGUUUACUUGGAUUAAUCCUAUAGUGUGCAAGGGAAUUUACUUACUGAAUUGCAAAUCUGUGCCAACCUACAGCCUUGCUGAGGGAUUUUCUACACUGAGUGGUGAAGAGACAGAGCAGUUUGCAAGCAGAAGCAGAGCUGUGUCAGCACAGCCCCAUGCUGGAGCUCAUCCCUCCUGUGUUGAAACAAGGCUGUCCUGUGAGUAACACACACCAGAACAACCACACCAUUUUCAAAAUAAUGCCAGUACCUUUGCUCAGAUCCUCUACAACUCACCCUGGUAUCCAUAGCCUGGAGUAUCUUUACAAGCACAGAGAUUCCCACUUUCACCCACAACUUCCAAGCACAUGCUCCCCCCUACUAGUGUCUGUAAGAGAGAACAUGUGCUUAUGAGCUUUGUUCAUUUUGUUCACACAGGAUUUGAAGACUUUAUUAAACUCUGUAAGCAGCUGGGUGUCAGGAAGAAAGACCAGUUGCAAAUGGGAUUUGCUUUGUUCCUGGUUGAGGAAACAAAGCUACAAAGUUAAAAUUAAAUUUGGUGGUGCAGAGAAGCUGCCAUAGCAUAACCAUGCUGUUACUUCUUCUUGGCUUCUUGUUAGAAGACUAAAUGUUUCUGUUUGCUAAAGUGCCAUCUUUUCAGCCCAUGUGAUGCUGUAGCCUGUUUUACCAGAAUUUCAAAUAGACUUGAAAAUUUGUAUUUAUGGUGGGUUUUUUUGCUGAAGAAAUAAUGUCAGAUAUAAUUAAUGAGUCAUGAUGACUGCAAAUUUGAAGCUUAUGAUUUGUGACUGAUUAUAUAGAUAAGGUUCUUAUUUCUUCAGAUAAGGUAAAUAUGGCUCAUAUCUCUCUGUUCUGUUGUGCUGUGAAGAUCAGUCCCCUCUAAGUAGCUAACAAAAUAUAGUAUCUUGAGCGUGUGUAGACCAUCUCAAAUUUUACCUGAUUUCUUCAGCUCCUGGUCAAAGCACCAUGAGAUUUUGAAAAGGUAAUGGUGUUAGCAGAGGUAAGCAGAAACCGCUUUGAAACACAGCCCUGAAAAAUACUGCUAAACAUGUGGUUUUUAGGACUACCCAAUAAACUGUGCACCUGUGGCAAUACAGAAUUCUAUUCUAGAAAACCUCUCCAUGCUCCAGUUUUUUCAGAAUAGUUUCAGAGUUAUACAGAUUUUUUUUUCAAAGAUGCUUGCAUAUAUUUCUUAACAAAUUAUUGGAAGUUUGCAGUCCUAAUCAUUUUGUCAGAGUACAUCUUAAAAGAGAGCUUCUCUGAAGGAGUCCACAGCCCUUGGAGUAUAAGUAAAUCUGCAGCAGCAGAAGGCAAGGGAAAAUUCACUCCCCUACUACAUUUAUAAUGUCUAACACCAGUCAAAAAAAAAUUAAUAGAAAUUGAGAUAGGAAUAGAUCUCUUUUUAGAGCUUUAAUUUUUUUUUCUUUCCCUUCCUGGCAAAUCUCCAUGUUUUGGAGGUUGCAGUCGUUUCUGUUGGCAGGAGAAAUCAAUAAAGAAUUCAGCUAUUUCUUCAGCAUCCUCCUCUUUCACCUACAAAGCAAGUGAAAGGCACAGCCUCCAGGCAGGAGGGAGCAGCUUCUCUGGCUCACAGAAAGUCCCCUCUUCUCCCCAGAUUCAAACCAAAAAAUCUCCCACAGAAAUUUUCAGAACUAUAUUCCCACUCUGGCUGUAGUGUGGAUUUUUAUGUCUCCACUUUCCUGGUGUCUUCUACAUCCUUCUUAUGGGUCCUUCUGACUCAGAGGUUCAAGCCCCCCAAACUUGUUGAGUCACCCUUUCCCACACAGACCCCACAUGCUUUGGAUAACACCACAGGCCUGUGAUGGAUGGAGAGGUGAAGCUCCUGCCUCCAGGGGUGAGCUGCAUAUUCCAUUUACCUCUCUCAGCCUUCUUUUUCCCUUUCUCCAAGCAUCUCCUGGAGUCACAGAAUGGUUUGGGUUGGAAGGGACCUUAAAG